GCGGACCUUCUCUCCGCGGAACCUCUGUUUCCGGUCGGACGGAAGUCGACGCCGGACGUGUUCCCGUUGACAUUGCUGAGGAGGAAGAGGAGCGGAAGAGACAGAAGGAGCGUUACCCAACCUGAAGGUUUCUUCACCGGAGGGAGCCGCGAUUCAGUGGCAGCCCGCUUCUUCGCUGUGACACCGGGACACCGGGAGCGAGUCAUGUAUCGGCGGCCGCUGCAGUCCGCCUCCAGGGCGGCUAUUAAAGCCACGGCGUCCCGGCCCGCCGGCGGAAAGGUGCUCCUUCAGGAAGCGUCAGGAAGUUUCCCCAGAGCUUCUGCAGCCUGCCGGCUGGCCAGAGCCCCCCCCUCCCAUCUAACAGCCUGUCGGACGCUGCACAUCGGCACUCAG